CAGCCAUGUGAAUACGUGUUGUUUUGGAAGCUUUGUGGUAGCACUACCUCGACAACCUCAUUGCUUUGCUGUAGUGUAAGUGGGAUACACCUUGGUAUUAUAAUACAGAAGCGAAUACAUAGACUGCACCUACAUCACGCAGCGAUCAGUAUCGCUCGAACAACGAAUCCUGUAUACCAGUCUGAGAGUCUUCAGAAUGGCUGUGAAAACUCAUAAAACCAUUGAUACAAUCUAUUCGGCCGAUACGGUCGAAUGGUGCCCUAUACCAGAACUCGCUGACGUACUCGUGUGUGGCACCUACCAGUUACUGCAGGAGUCAGAGCAAACAGUUAACAGUGCGAGUAAUACCACAGAUAACCCUGACUGUGACGCAGUGAGUACAGAUCAUCCUCAUAGUGAGAGCGCAGAAGAAGCGAGCUCAAAGAAUCGAGCCGGGCGUUGCUUAAUGUAUGCGUUAAAUCACGAUGACUCUGUACUGAAUGAAGUUGCCAGGUGCGAUGCCAAUGCCAUCCUAGACGUAAAGUGGCGCCGGGAAGCCUCGAAUCAUAAUGGAGCUGUGGCGGCCCUGUUUGCGACCGUGGACUCGGUAGGGGGAACUGUGGUGUACAAAGUCAGUCAACGUGAAACUGCGAUAGAUGGUCCCGAUAAGACAAGUGCACCUUCGUCCAGCACGCAUGACGCCUAUGCCCUGGAAGCGUGUGCGUCCCAUACAAACACGCACUUCGACGAGGCAUGUGGAACUGAGCUUUUGAAUCUAGCGUGUGAGUGGACAUACGGCAUGGGUAAGCAUAGCAUAAUCCUACCAUAA